UCAUUGGUGUCAGUGGGAAGAAUAGUGCCCCAUCAUCUUGGUGUCACUGUAAUGAUGGGCACCAUCAUUGGUGUCAAUGGGAGGAAUAGUGCCCCGUCUAUUGGUGUCAGUGGGAGGGUAAUAGUGCCCCAUCAUUGGUAUCAGUGGGAGUUAAUAGUGCCCCAUCAUUGGUAUCAGUGGAUGAAUAGUGCCCCAUCAUUGGUGUCAGUGGGAGGAAUAGUGCCCCGAUCAUUGGUAUCAGUGGGAGGAAUAGUGCCCCAUCAUUGGUGUCAGUGGGAGGAAUAGUGCCCCAUCAUUGGUAUCAGUGGGAGGAAUAGUGCCCCAUCAUUGUGUCAGUGGGAGGAAUAGUGCCCCAUCAUUGGUGUCAGUGGGAGGAAUAG